UAGAAAAUGCACGGCAACUGUCGACAGAGGGGGAGGAACCAGAAUUCCUCCAAAGAAAUUCUUCCUCAAACUGGGGGUCCAGUGGGAUAUUCGAUGGAAAAUGAGCCUGGAAUUGUGUCGCCAUUUAAACGAGUAUUCCUAAAAGGUGAAAAGCCUAGAGAUAAGAAAGCCCAUGAGAAGGUGACAGAGAGGCGCCCUCUGCACACUGUGGUGUUAUCAUUGCCUGAGCGCGUCGAGCCCGACAGACUGCUGAGCGACUAUAUUGAGAAGGAGGUGAAGUAUUUAGGUCAGUUAACGUCCAUACCAGGAUACCUGAAUCCCUCCAGUAGGACUGAAAUCCUGCAUUUCAUAGAUAAUGCAAAGCGAGCCCGCAAACUGCCUGGACACCUGACACAGGAGCAUGAUGCUGUGCUCAGCCUGUCUGCCUACAAUGUCAAGCUGGCCUGGAGGGAUGGGGAGGACAUCAUCCUCAGGGUGCCUAUUCAUGACAUCGCCGCUGUCUCCUACGUCCGAGAUGAUGCAACACACCUGGUGGUCCUGAAGACAGCCCAGGACCCUGGCAUCUCCCCCAGCCAGAGUCUGUGUGCAGAAAGCUCCCGUGGCCUCAGUGCAGGUUCCCUGUCGGAGUGUGCAGUGGGGCCAGUGGAGGCAUGCUGCCUGGUCAUCCUGGCCAUGGAGAGCAAGGUUGCCGCGGAAGAGCUGUGCUCCCUGCUCAGCCAGGUCUUCCAGAUAGUUUACACGGAGUCCACCAUCGACUUUCUGGACCGAGCCAUAUUUGAUGGCGCCUCCACACCCACCCAUCACCUGUCCCUGCACAGCGAUGACUCUUCCACGAAAGUGGACAUGAAGGAGGCCUACGAUGCGGAGGCUAGCACUUUUUGCUUCCCUGACCCUGUGGAUGGGGGAGGCCUGCCGCCCCUGUCCUUCUGCAUGCAGACUUCACCCCAUGGCAAGACUGUGAGUGAGAGCGAGUUGAGCACCAGCGCCACGGAGCUGCUGCAGGAUUACAUGAUGACGCUGCGCACCAAGCUGUCGUCACAGGAGAUCCAGCAGUUCGCGGCGCUGCUGCAUGAAUACCGCAAUGGGGCCUCCAUCCACGAGUUCUGUAUCAGCCUACGGCAGCUCUAUGGAGAUAGCCGCAAGUUCCUGCUGCUCGGUCUGAGGCCCUUCAUCCCCGAGAAGGACAGCCAACACUUUGAGAACUUUCUGGAGACCAUCGGUGUGAAGGACGGCCGUGGUAUCAUCACAGACAGCUUCGGCAGGCACCGUCGGGCGCUGAGUACCACCUCCACCUCCACCACCAAUGGGAACAGGACCACGGGCAGCCCUGAUGACCGGUCUGUGCCCUCCGAGGGGGACGAGUGGGACCGCAUGAUCUCGGACAUCAGUAGCGACAUUGAGGCGUUGGGCUGCAGCAUGGACCAGGACUCGGCCUGAUGGGCAAUGGGGGCCGUGUACACCUUCUGCAUGGUCCCAAGCCUUCCUGGGAGGAAACGCCCAGCUCUUCUUGUCAGCCUUUCCCACCAGCCAGGGCUGGAGAAGGGCUGCAGGCACAGGAGGCCCCAGGCAGCCAGGUCCUCUACUGUGAAGGGGCGGGGAGCUGCCACUGGACACGCACCCUGGUGCCUUGUCCUCCAGGCCCAGCCAUGCCGGGCACCGUGUUCCUGCUCGGGGAGGGCCAGUCCUGUGGACCCGGCCCUGGACAACUGUUAAUUUUGCACAUGGUGUUCCUCUUGUAACUCUCAGAGACCUUAAAAAGAAGUUUACUACAAUGUGAAUA